AUGGCUCGCAUUAGAAGAAGGGGCGAUACUGGAGCCUCCAGAAACUUCGUCACCCGAAACCAGGCUAUCCGAAAGCUCCAAAUCAGCCUGCCCGACUUUCGAAAGCUCUGCAUCUGGAAGGGCAUCUACCCGCGAGAGCCUCGCAGCAAGAAGAAGGUCUCCAAGUCGUCGACCGCCUCGACCACCUUUUACUACCACAAGGAUAUUCAGUAUCUCUUGCACGAGCCUCUCCUGCAAAAGUUUCGAGACACAAAGGCCCUCGAAAAGAAGAUUUCCAAGGCCCUCGGCCGCGGUGAUGUCAAGGAUGCUGCUCGUCUCGACAGCAAUGCAGCCCGCCCCGAGAAGACUGGGAAGCCCAACUACACUCUCGACCAUGUCGUCCGCGAACGCUACCCUACCUUUGUCGAUGCCCUGAGAGACUUGGAUGACUGCUUGUCUAUGCUCUUCCUCUUCGCCAACCUGCCCUCGACCUCUACCGUCCCAGCCAAGAUGAUCGCCCGAUGCGAAAGACUUUGCCUAGAGUUCCAGCACUACCUCAUUAUCUCGCGCAGUCUCACCAAGUCCUUCCUUUCCAUCAAGGGAAUCUACUAUCAGGCUAAUAUUCAGGGUGAGGAGGUUCUGUGGCUUGUUCCUUACAAGUUCACUCAGCGUGUCGUUGGCGAUAUUGAUUUCCGCAUCAUGGGUACCUUUAUUGAGUUUUACAUGACCCUGCUCGGCUUCAUCAACUUCAGACUGUACACCUCAAUUGGCCUCAAGUACCCUCCCAAGUUUGACCUGGUCAAGGACGAGAACGCUGCUGAGCUUGGCGCCUUCACCCUCGAGGGAAGGACUCUUGUCGGCGGUGAAGAGCAGAAGCAGCUGGAGGAGAUCACCCACCGCCCCGAUCCCAAGAUUCAGGCUGCUGUCAACAAAGUUGUCAAGACCUUGACCUCCGGCGAGGCCAAUGGCAACGAAACCGACGUUGCUGCUGAAGAGGAAGAAGAAGAUCAAUCUGGUGCUCUUGACAAGUUUGAACCUGCUGCGCCAGGUGGCGAUAUCCUGCUUCAGCCUUCCGCUGUCGGCAGCGGUCAAGGUGCUCUAUUCUCCAAGUUCACCUUCUAUCUCUCCCGUGAGACUCCACGUCAACCUCUUGAAUUCAUCCUCAAGGCUUUCGGCUGCAAGCGCGUUGGCUGGGAUGCCACACUCGGCGACGGUGCUUUCACUACCAACGAGCUAGACCCCUCCAUCACACAUCAAAUUGUCGAUCGACCUGUCGUGCAGGCUGUCACCACCGAAGAGGGUGACGGUGAGGACAACCAGACUUCUCAAAAAUUGACACAAAACCAGCGUGUUCCUGGUCGCAUAUACGUCCAGCCCCAGUGGGUCUGGGACAGCUUCAACGAUGGCGAGCUGAAGGAGGCACACCUGUAUGCUCCGGGCGCUUCUCUGCCUCCUCACUUGAGUCCGUUUGUCAAGAACGUACAGGGCGCAUACGACCCCACGAUUCCUCUCGAGGAGCAACAGCCCGAGAAUGAGGCCCUUGAUGCCGAUAGCGAUGCCGAGGUUGAAGACGCCGAUGCUGAUGAGACUGCUGAAGGCAUGGAUAUCGCCGGCGAGGACAAUGAUGAGGAUGACGAGGACGACGAUGCAGAGGACAACGAAGACGUAGAUGCGGAUGAGGAUGAAGACGAGGAGGAGGGAGACGAGGCCGCACAGCGUCAGCAGGAGCUGGAAGCCGAGAUGACAGGCACCUCCCUCAACUCCAAGAAGGUCAAUGCCAAAACUAAAGCCAAAGCGGAAGCGCGCAAAGCCUUGACCAAGAAGUCGCGUGAAGAGGCCGAGGAUCUUGAGCGUGCCAAGGGCAUGCUCAGCAAGAAGAAGCGCAAGCUAUUUGAACAGAUGCAGUAUACGAAUAACAAGAAGAGCGCCGUCGACGAGAAGCUGCGCGGAAAGAGAAGAAGACUGGAAAAAGAACAAGAAAAAGCGAAGAAGGCAUCGGCGUAA